GAUAACCGAUGAGUUAGCACCCGAUGCGCGAUGCCUGGCUUAGGAAUGAUACCACGAUGUUUUCCGCGAAACAUAACAAGUUUUACACCCAGCCUAAAGAAAGCAAAUGCAAUCCAAUUUGUGCAUUAGCACUGCACCAUUUCUAGAAGCAAUUCGUGUGUUGGAGGCAAUUCUGUUCGCACUGGACUAUCCCCAAGGAUCGCUGAUAAAUAUAAUGCGAUACAAAUGCUAAUCGGAUUGCAGCACCAGAAGAUGAACCUGCAAGAAGAAUGGUCUAGACUGUAGUGCGACAUUUGGAAAGUGUAAGGGUCAGACUUGUCACAAUUCUGGACUAAUCGAGUUAGAUCUAGACGUUCAGUUUCAUUAGAAGUAACUUCAAAGCGUCAUGACCAUGCUAUGGAGAAGGCAUCUUGGAAUAUCAACACCUGCUUGUAUGAAGAACACAAAUUUAUCUGACAUGUCAUUCUGGGAAAAAUUCUACAAAUCCAGGGGACCAAAUAACACCUUUGAAUGGUUUUUGGAUUUCCAAGAUGUCCAUAAUUCACUUGAUAAAUACAUCCAUAAAGACUCACAUAUCAACAUACUAGACCUCGGUUGUGGUACAUCAGAAUUUUGUAUCCAAUUGUUUUACUAUUUGAGAGGAAACUGUAAGGUUGCUGGUAUAGAUUUCUCAGAGGAAGCAAUUCAGGUAAUGCGAAACCUUCUUAGACAACAUGGACUUGAUGAUUCUGUUUUCUCCUUGCAUGUAGGCAAUGUCUUAGAUUUGCCAUUUUCUAGGGAGUGUUUUGACAUUAUCAUAGAUAAAGGGACUGCAGAUGCUGUUCUCAGGUCCCCUGCUGCUGAAACAGCUUUCUGUGCAGUGUUGGUUGAGGCUUGCAGAGUUUUAAAGUCAGAAGGUACCAUCUUGCAGUUUUCAGAUGAGCCCCCUGAAGUCAGAAUGGACCUACUAACAAAGGCUUCCCAAUUAUGUCAUCAACAAAAUAUGGGACAUAUGUCAUUUUAUUUCCAAGAAAUUGGAUGUCGAUCUGGAAUUGAACGCUUUAUGUAUGUUUUACAAAAGACAGGGCCAACUGGAACAUCCUGAUCAACAUCAAUAAAAGGAUUACAGAGAAGCUGAUAA